UUAUUGCCAUAUUUAAUUACAAGCAUGUAUAUAAUUCAACAAUACGAUAUUAUUUUAGAGACAUGUCUGAUGAUUUAUUGGCAAAGGAGAAGGAGUUCUAUCGACUGAAUCGUGAUCUUCAGCUAAAGACGCGCGAUGUAAUGAAGACCGUUGAUUCAAUCAUACAUGCCCGUACCGAAAAUUUAUUUAACGAUGCAAAUCCAAAUUUGGAAGAUGCAAAGGCUGCGCGCUUAGGAGAUACGACACUAAGGAUAGAUAAACAAUUAAGAACAUCGUCAAUUAAAGUCUCUGAAGCUCCAUCGGUAGAAUGUAUCGACGACACUGAAAUUCCAAAGAAAGGUAGUAACGUCGGAAAUAAAGCUGUUAUCACUUUGCUCAAGGGCAAGAUAGAUAUGCUGUAUAAAAAGUUACAAACGAUGCAACUCGAGUACAACAAUAAGUGCGAUUAUUGCAAAGAAUUAGAGGUGGAGAAGAAGAAGCUUGACGACGCUCAAAUUAAACUGCGUAAUCAGAUAGAAACGUUAAACGAUACAGUUACAAAGUUGGAACGGGUAAAUUCGGAUACGCUAUCAGACUAUCAAGCUCUGAGCAACGAAAAUAUUGUCUUGAAGAAGGACUUGGAAAGUUUUAAGAAAGAGAUAAGAACGUUGAAUCAACAGUCAACCAAUCUCGAUGUGAGAUUAAACAGAUCUCUAGAAAGCAACGAGAAACUCAAAAGUGCCUUAAAGUGCAGCCAGAUAGAAGAGAAGGAAUUAAGAAAUCAAAUCAGAAAGUUACAAGACGAUAAGAGAUUAGCCGUAAAGAAUUUGGAGAAACAACGGUCGGAAUUGGUGCAAGCAUUUAAGAAACAGACGCUACUCAUAGAUAAUUUGAAGAAACAAAACAUACAUUUGAUGGCAAAUGGGCAAAUCACCUUAACGAAAGAAGACUUUGCGAAGUUAUUAGAGUGGAAACCUCAGAAAGUCACUGAUGUAUCGUAAUAGCGUUUAUGGUAAUAUUGUUCCUAGUCAAUCUACAUCCCGGGACCAUUUCUAAAUGUCCCCCUUUCGGGGACACUUUGUAUAAAACAUUGAUCGAAUGACUGUGACUUAUGUACUGUACAAAAGAUGAAAUUAAUCCCAUUUUAUAGCUACUUAUAUUUUACAGUAUUAUAUAUUACAGCACAAAUCAGAUUUGAUAUACAUCUUUUUAUAGAAAGCGUGUAUGUAUUUAUUUCACAUAUCAAAAUCAAGUACUAUCGAAUCGAAAUAUUUCAUGCUUCAUCAAUAAAGACUUACAUUCGUGAUUCAUCAGAUAUUGUUAUUUCUUUUAUUAAUAAUUCUGCGAACAUUUAUAUUUCAUGUUUCUGUUCCAUUCCAUAUGCAUACGUGUGUUUACUGUGUUUACAGCAAUUCAUUGACUUUAUAUAAAAUAGCAAAUGCAUAUCUGACUAAAUAGACCGUAUAAGGAUUUGCAGAUUUUUUUCAACAUAAUAAGUAUAAGUGAAUAUUCUACUACGGUAGACAGGCAGCAGAUUGGUAUCAAAUGUAUCCGCAUUAAACUUCUACUAACAGAACUUACAAACAUAACAGGACGGUGUAUCUGCAUCCUACAGAUUUCGUUCGGCCUCUGUCGUCAUAUUUUAUUAGCAAAUUCUGCUAUAUUUCUAUUAACGUAACAUGCCAACGACAUUGCAUACAAGUCUUGCAUUAAGAUCUGUUCUCGACAAACUCCGUUGUCCACGUAAUCGUAAGAAAAUGAGAUCUUCGCAGUCGCUAUGGAAAUCAUACAUUUUGCGGAUAAAAGUUGUUUUAAGGCUUGAUAAUAAUUUUUCUAUUUUUCCUAUCCGAAGAUUAAAAGCAAGGUAAUAAUAGGAGAUCGCUCAAAAAAAAAAUUGAUUUCCAUCGUGACUAUAUCAAAUCCAAGUCGUUUUACGUUUCACAGUUCCAAAUGUCUUCUCAUUCAGUUUAUUUACAUAACUUCUGCGUUUGGUGCGAGGAAUAAUAACUGACAAUAACAAACUUUCGAGUGUACAAAAAUUCGAAGCGUUCAGGUUUUGCCGCGAAUAUAAAUAUCGAUUAUUUGCCUUUACAAUUGCGACGCAUUUAAAAUAGUGUCACGCGACGAGCUAUACAAAUAAAAAAAAAA